AUGCCGCAGGCUGUGGCCUCAGGCCCAGCGAUGCGCAGUCAAGUGUUUUCCGAAUUUGCGAAUAUCUAUUUCCCGCAGAGCAUUGAUACGAGUUAUGCGCUGGAUGUGUGGCAUUACCUGAUCUCCGGGUUUUCAGCGCUACCGAAGAAGACGGAGAUGUUGGAUAAAGCGAUCGCAGCGUUGGCGUGCUUCUACUUGGGCAAGCUGCGAAAUGAUUCUCAUCUCUUUCAUCAUGGCAUUCAGCUGUAUAAUAGUGCCAUCCGCCAUCUUUCGGUCAUGAUGAGCCAGAAUAACUACUGCGACGAUAUCGUGUAUACGACGAUUGUCUUUCAAGAAAUAGAGUCAUGCUACUGCCCUCAUGGCCUGCAUGUAUGGGUCGCACAUAUUGCAGGCACCAAUGCGAUCCUAAGGCACUUUCGUCGAAGGGCAGGGAAGAACCCUUUAAUCGACGCCAUUUACAAUCAACACCAAAAGCUACGAAUACUAUUCUCAACAACGGGCAGGGGCAUGUCCCCAGAAGACUAUGACUACCUCACAAAACCCUGCGACGAUCGACCCGUGAACGGAUUAAUGAAAUUCUAUGGCGAGGCCUCUCCAAUAGUAGACGCAAUCAACAACGUCGAUGCUUCAGACUAUCAAGCCUGUCAAACAGUCCUUGCCAAAUGCAUCGCACACAAGGACGCCCUGAUGGCAUGGUACGCAGCUCACAAAAAGGAUUUCGGCGGCGGACCCUCAGAAUGCGAGCCUGGUACAACAUUGAACCCACGACUUUCCCCAACAGACGAUCUCUUCGGUGUAUCGUACCGCUUCUCAUCACUCGAUAACGCAAAGCUACAUAUCGUCUUCUGGGUCGCAUUAUCCAUCAGCCAUCGCAUGAUCUACGAAGCCCGAGGCCUCGUCCUCUCCCACAGCAACGAAUCCGACAUACCCAUCGACCGCACGCAAGACGUGGACUUGCUACUUUCAAUGUUCUACCACGACGAAAUCGGCCGGUCCGUUCCGUACUGCGUGCAAGACUCUAUGAAAUCCUGGGGCUACUCUACGCUACUAUGGGGCCUAAGUCAAAUCCUCAACCCCUACGCUGAAGCAGGGAACUGGGAGAAAUUCGUCUGGUGUCAAAAGGCGUUGUUACUUGGCUCCGAGCGAGGAUAUGAGUCUGCAGUUCGACUGAAUGAAAUCUUUUGGGCGGUAUGGCAUCGGGUGAACCCUCGACAAAAGAGGUUUAUGGGCCUGGCGCUGCGUGACUUUGAUCCGCAGUAUAUAGAUACGCCGAAACAGCAUUAUAUGAAACUUGUGGAUAGGACGGUUGAGCCGGUUGUGUUGGAUACGCCGCCCGAGGAGAGUUUAUAUGAGUCAUAG